UGCGGUUUGAUACAUGGCAUGGCGUGCUGCCCUUUGACUGCAGAAAUAGACACGACUGACAUUAGUUGCCUGGCACUCUCCACAACACCACUCCGAACGACCGAGGACCGCGCGAAUCGCGUACGUGGCGGCCUCUCUUAUCGCCCGGUUUGGACGUAGUAGAUGGUCAUUCGCGCUGGCUUCCAAGAUAUCAGCUAAAGAUCAUCCCCGCAAUGUUGUGCAAGAUACAGAUUACGCGAGGCCCAGCAUUGGUUGAUUUGUUCCAAUCACCAAGCGUUGACACAUCGAAAAUGCAUAGGACUCGCUCAGGAUACGAUGUGGCGAGUAUACAUCGAGACUACCUCUACACUCCUUGGAUACCACGUUCCAGAUUGCUUCGUUCCCAUCGAAAUCCCCUCUUUGAGCUAACUGCAGGUGGCUCGCACAAUCUCCAUAUGAAAUCCUUUUCCUACGAGGCCAUCUCUGGGACUAAAUAUCAAAGGCAGUGGCAAACUACCCCCACGAGUUUACCCCUGAAAAGGGAAAAGCCCAGAGCCAGGUCACCAGGGCCAGGUCACCAGAGCCAGGUCACCAGAGUCCAGUUUUGUUGGCAAGUACUACCGAAUAACACAUGCGGUACCGUGAUACUUUGCCAUCCAUUUCCCCGAGCCGAGGCUACGGGCCUUGAUUAUGCUUCAGGGCCGCCCCAGCUUUGUGACUAGAAAAACCAGACAGAGAGCUUGGUUCGUGAAUUGGUUUUUAUAUGAAACAAAAUGAAUUGUCCGUCGCUUAAAUUGGCAACAGCCAUGUCUAUAAUCUUAGUAACCAAAGGCUGGAGAAACAUAUUGCAUAAAACAAAGACAUUUGCCGCUUCCUAGCUCCAAGGUGCUGUUUUGUCACCGUUUUUGUCACUUUGAUAUUUACAAUCGUUCGC